AUGAAGUGGUUGGCGUUGUUAUCAUUAAUAGUGGCGAAUGUGGUGAAGAUCCCAACUCCCGUGGUGAAGACCAGCGACGGCUUGGUGCGGGGUCGAGUGAGCGACAAUGGCCUGUUCUACCAGUAUUUUGGGAUUCCUUACGGCUUUGUCGGAGAGGAAAACAGAUUUAAGGCGCCGCUGCCGCCGUUGAAAUGGAAAGGCAUCUUCGAAGCCAUCGACGAGAACAUCCGCUGCCCGCAGAAGAUGGUCGGUUCCGUUGUCGUCGGUGACGAGGACUGCUUGAGGCUCAACGUUUACACGCCGAUAGCCAGGCAGCCCAAUGAUCUGCUACCCGUCAUGGUUUACAUACACGGGGGCUGCUUCUUCGAGGGCACCGGCACCGCUUUCUUGUACGGCGGUGAUUACUUUGUGGAGAACGAUGUCGUGUUCGUCGGUAUAAACUACAGGCUGAACGUCGAAGGCUUUCUCUGUCUCGGUAUCGAGGAAGCGCCUGGUAACGCCGGCCUUAAAGACCAGGUCGCAGCGCUGCGAUGGAUCAGACAGAACAUUAGAGCGUUCGGCGGUGAUCCGGAUAACGUAACGGUGUUCGGUGAAAGCGCCGGCGCAGUCUCAAGUUCCUAUUUAAUUUCUUCGCCAGCCGCUAGGGGGCUCUUCCACAAGGUGAUACUGCAGAGCGGUUCCUCGCUAGCUCCGUGGGGAAUGCAACAGGACCCCGUGAAGACGGCCAGCAAUCUAGCCAAAGAAUUCGGCCACUCAACCGUCGAUCCUCACGAACUGUACUAUAUACUAUCAAAGAGAUCUCCCGAAGAGCUGAUACUGGCUAUCAGGAAUCCGCAGCAUAAAAAUUAUAUCACAGCCGAGACUCUAUUCUCUCCCUGCAUCGAGAAACCCAUUCCGGGAGUCGAACCGAUAAUCACCGAGCAUCCAGUGGACUUAAUAGCUUCAGGCAACUAUACCAAGGUGCCGAUGAUCAUUGGCUUUAACGACAACGAAGGCAUAUACUUUGUUGCGAAGGACUAUGGCAACAGACUGAAAGAAGUGGACCCUUACGAACUCCUCUCGCCGGAUUUGGAGUUCCCCGGCGACGAGAACCGAAACUCGACCGUGGCGAGGCUGAACAACUAUUAUUUCUCCACGAAGAAGGACGACGUGAUUAUGGAUGUGGUGGAUUUGUACUCAGAUCUGCACUUUAAGUUUCCCUCCGUCAUAGAGUCCGAGUUGUACUUGCGAACGUCCUACCAGCCGAUCUAUUUCUAUCUGUUCAAGUACAGCGGAUACAUAAAUAUGCCGAAGAUGGUGUCGCUGUUCGGAGGGAAGAAAGGCGCGUCACACGCGGACGAAUUGUUCUACAUGUUCAAGCCGUCUUCAAUACCUUUACCGCAAAGGUAUCUAGAGACCACGAUGAUCAAGCGGAUGGUGACGCUGUGGACGAAUUUCGCCAAGUAUGGUGAUCCAACGCCGAAGACUUCGAACCCGCUACCCGUGCGGUGGCGGCCGAGCCGGGAAUGGAACCCCACUGCCCUCAUCAUCGACGCCUCCGUCAGCACCGCGCCUAUGUGGAACGAGGAGGCGGUGCGGCUCUGGAACGACACUUACAGCAAGUACAGGAGGAAAUCCUUCGGCCACUACGGCUUGGUGCACAGCGAUGGAAGCGUCAGCUACAGG